AUGGCAGGCAGCAAGUGCGACGCGAUGCGAUGCGAUGCGAUUGCGACGAGAGUUCCGCUGGGAUGUGUGAAGGAUGGCAUAAAUGCUCGUGUGGAAGCUUCCAGCAGAAAGGAAAUGAACGUGAUCGUCCUUUUGGUCUGUGUAUGGAUGUUUCCUACUAAUGAGUUUGUCAUAAGUUCGUAUAACAAAGGAGAAACGACAAAAAUCUCUUACCCACGAAGCAAACGUCAUGGACAUCGCGGUAGAGGAUGUGGACACAGCGGAUGCAUGGGGCCAGUGCAUGGUAGUGUGCAUGGUUCUCAUAAAGGUACGGGUUGUGGAGAAAGAGGAUGCGAUGGAGGUGGAGGACAUGACUUCAGGAGUCACCAUCAAUAUCAUGCAUCAUCAUCAAGCGGAUGCGGAUCUGAUGAGAUGAGCAGCCGAGAUCUUCAGGAUGUGAUGGAUGCUAGUUAUACAAUAUUAGAAGGCCAUCUCGCUUAUGAACGUUUACAAAACGAGCGUUUAUAA